UGCAGAGUGGACAUGAUUUUGUGCUUGGGAGAAAAACCUUCACAUACUAGAAACGCGUCUGAAAGUCUUAAAUCCGAUUAUUUAUUUAAAGAACGAUCUGUGCAACAGGUAAAAAAACAUUAAAACUCUCAGUGACUUUAAUAUUUUGUGAAAUCUGCAAAUUUCAUGCAUUUUAAAAGAAUACAUGUGCUGUAUUUUUACUAUGUUCUUGCUGAAGAAGUUGUUCUUGUUUUAAUCACGCCGUGUUUUUGGUGAAAUAUGGUUGAGUGUAUAUUUGGAAUUUGGUUAGUGCUUGCCCCUCUGGUUCAGCAAGAGCGUCUGCGCACGUCAGUCUGGGGAGGGCAAUGAGAUGCUACUUAUUAAUGCUGCGCGUGUGACAACAGCCAGCCAGGAGCAGUCCAGACCGCCAGCGCGCGGAGGCAGCGGGGGACAAAGAGCGCGCGCGUGUUUACCGGUGCGGUAAGAAAUGCGUGAGAAAACAAUGACGGUUUGAAAAAGCGAGUCGGGGAGAAAAACAGGGAGGAAGACAGAGAAGAAGCAGAGAGGAGAGACAGAGCAGAACCCCUGUGGUUCUUUCGAGAAGACACAACGCAGACCUAAAGCGCGCACCGAACCGGCGAGGCUAUAGGAGCAGGCACCGAGCAGUGUCUCCCUGAUUAGGGGCGCUGAGAAAAAGAUGACUGUAGUGCCAGGGGAGAACCUGGACGAGACCGUGGCCUUGGCCGCUCUCUGUCACGACGCUUACGAGCCUGAGAGGGCGGACCAGGAGUGCUGCGAGCGGGUGGUCAUCAACAUCUCAGGCCUGCGCUUCGAGACGCAGCUCAAGACGCUCGCCCAGUUCCCAUGCACUCUCCUCGGCGACCCUAGAAAGCGAAUGCGCUUCUUCGACCCGCUCAGGAAUGAAUACUUCUUCGACCGCAAUCGGCCGAGCUUUGAUGCCAUCCUCUAUUACUAUCAAUCAGGCGGGAGACUUCGGAGACCUGUCAACGUGCCCGUGGACAUCUUCAUGGAGGAAAUCAAGUUUUACGAGCUCGGCGAAGAGGUGAUUGAGAAUUUCAAAGAGGACGAGGGUUUCAUUAAAGAGGAGGAGCGCCCGUUACCGGAGAACGAGUUCCAGAGACAAGUGUGGCUCUUGUUUGAAUACCCAGAGAGUUCAGGACCAGCCAGAGGGAUCGCAAUCGUCUCUGUGCUCGUGAUAUUGAUCUCCAUCGUCAUCUUUUGCCUGGAAACGUUGCCCGAGUUCAGGGAGGACACCAGGUCGUACGACGAGCACCUCCCGCUGAACGGCACGGUGAGCAUGAAGAGACCGAAUCCGUUCACAGACCCGUUUUUCAUCGUGGAGACGCUGUGCAUCAUUUGGUUCUCCUUCGAGCUGGUCGUGCGCUUUUUGGCGUGCCCAAGCAAGGCGGCAUUUUUCAAAAACAUAAUGAACACUAUCGAUGUGGUGGCAAUCAUGCCGUACUUCAUCACACUCGGACUUGAGCUUGCCGAGCACCAAGGCAACGGGCAGCAGGCCAUGUCAUUGGCUAUCCUGCGUGUUAUCCGGCUCGUGCGCGUAUUCCGCAUCUUUAAGCUCUCGCGCCACUCCAAAGGCCUUCAGAUCUUGGGCAAGACGCUGCAGGCGAGCAUGCGCGAGCUUGGCCUUUUGAUCUUCUUCCUCUUUAUUGGUGUCAUCCUCUUCUCCAGCGCAGUGUACUUUGCUGAGACGGACGACCCCGAGUCAGGCUUCAGCAGCAUCCCGGACGCCUUCUGGUGGGCCGUAGUCUCCAUGACCACUGUGGGUUAUGGAGAUAUGUGCCCUGUGACCAUCGGAGGCAAGAUAGUGGGCUCGCUGUGCGCAAUCGCCGGUGUGCUCACCAUCGCACUGCCUGUACCCGUGAUCGUGUCCAACUUUAACUACUUCUACCACCGGGAGACAGAGCACGAGGAGCAGCUUCAGUACACACACGUUACAUGUGGUCAGCAGCCCCAGCAGCAGCCUGGCUACGGCGAAUUCGGCAGGAGCGAGAGCAAGCCUUCCCUCUCCAAAUCGGACUAUCUGGAGUCAGAAGACGUGGACUCAAUCAAGUACACAAACUGCAGCCCCCAUAAAACCUACACUGGGAAACUCACAGAUGUAUGAUUGUAAAACACAAACACAAAAAAAGUGACAACCAAACAAAAAGGCGCAUUUCUGUGAGCACAAUUCCUCAUUCUGCGCUCCAGCUUGAUUACAUCCGGUUAUUGAGCUCUGAUUAUACAAGCAUCCUGCGCGCAACACGGAGUCAUUUUCAUUUAAAAACUCAUUAGAAGAGGAUUUAUAAGACGAGGACACGGAAACGGGAUGGUUUCUUUCUUUCAUUCUUUCUUUCUUUCUUUCUUUCUUUCUUUCUUUCUUUCUUUCUUUCUUUCUUUCUCUCUUCCUUAAAACUGUCUUCCAUGCUUGUGGUCAUCAAUAUUUAAAAAGAAGAGACUGCAUCUUUAGCCUCAAAGUAUAAUUAUUUAUGAAAACAACUAGGCUAAAGAACCAAGCCCAACCUCGCAGAAUAGCACUUUACUCAUGUUUUCUUAGUAAUAAAUAAUUUAUUAGGCUUCGCUUUAUCUGGGGUUUAAAAGUUUACAUAUGAUUUAAAUAUUCGGAACAAAGCGAACAGGACCAAUAUAUCUAAAUCAAGUUAUAUUUUUUAUUAUUAUUAUUAUAUAUAUAUUUUUUACGCCUGGCGACUGUAAGGAGGUCACUCGUGUUGCUCCUUCUUGUUUUUCUUCCAUGGCUGUAAAGUUCAGGUGUGAUUAAUUAUGUGAUUAAGUAUCAGUAGGCACUUAUCGACCAGCACUUUCCCUAUACAGCUGACAUCUUAAAUACAUUUCUUCCCAUUUCAAAACAGGUUUUAAUCGCCGUUUACACUUAAUUUCCCCUGUAUUUUAAUUGAUCCGAAUCCAAAUAUAUAGGUGUAUAGCUAAGCCAAAAGCAUCUAGAAUUUAGGCCUAUGAUUCCAUUUCAAAUGGAAUUAGCAACAGCCAGGGUUUUGGUUGUGAAGAUGGCAAAAUGUGCAGCUUUACCAAAACCAAGCGUUUCUAAACCUAGAGUGCCAUCUAUUGGACAAGAGAGAGAGAGAGAGAGAUAGAGAGAGAGUGAGAGGUG